AUGGCUAACCAACGUGUCUGGCUCAUCACCGGCUGCUCCAGUGGUUUUGGCUGGGAGCUCUGCCGCGAGGCGCUCUCGCGCGGAGACCGUGUCAUCGCCACGUCCCGCAAUGCUGAUAAAUUGGCGGAACUCAAGAAUCUAGGCGCAUCUACGGUUGAGCUUGACGUAUGCCAACCGGAUGAAGUCGUCAAUCGAAUUGUUGCCAGUGCUGUGGAGGAGCACGGUCGCAUCGACAUCUUGGUAAACAAUGCCGGGUACCUUCUUGAGGGUAUGGUCGAGGCUUGCAGUGAGGAAGAGAUCGAAGCCCAGUUCAACUGCAACGUUUUCGGACUUCUACGCAUGAUCCGAGCCAUCCUACCUUACAUGCGGGCACAGAAAUCCGGCACGAUCGCCAAUCUUGGAUCCAUCGGAGGCUGGCGAGGCACCCCGGCCGUGGGCGUGUACUGUGGCACGAAAUUUGCUGUUGCUGGCAUCACCGACACCCUGAGGCUAGAAGCGGAGCCAUUCGGUAUAGAUGUGACAAUCAUCGAGCCCGGCUAUUUUCGCACAAACUUCCUGACAUCUGCCAACCGCACCGCGGCCAAGAGGACCAUCGCGGACUACCCAUUCGCGGAGCAAAUGAAAGCCAACUUGGACCAGGUCAACAAGAAUCAGCCUGGCGACCCGCUCAAAGGCGUCAAAGUGAUGGUCGACUACCUCACCAAGAGCGGGCCAUGGGCGGGGGUCGAAAAGCUGCCGUGGCGACUGGCGCUGGGAGCGGACGCGGUGGAACAUGUCCGGGAGACGUUGAAGCGCCUGUCGGCCGAUCAUGAGAAGUGGGCGGAUGCAGUCAACAAGACGAAUUGUGACGACGUGCCCUCUUCUGCUUCCUAG